AUGUCAUUUCUGGUGGACUCAGUCAUCAUGUUCACCUCCCAGGUGUUUUUCUUUGGGUUUGGCUGGUUGUUUUUUAUGCGGCAGCUAUUCAAGGAUUAUGAGGUGCGUCAGUAUGUUGUCCAGGUGGUGUUCUCAGUCACCUUUGCCUUUUCAUGUACCAUGUUUGAGCUCAUUAUCUUUGAGAUUCUCGGUGCCUUAAGCAGCAGUUCCAGGUAUUUCCACUGGAAGCUGAAUCUGUACGUGAUUCUGCUGGUUUUAAUCUUUGUGGUGCCUUUCUACAUCGGUUACUUUGUUGUCAGCAACAUACGACUGUUGCAGAAGCAAAGGCUUCUUUUUUCCUGUAUGGUUUGGUUCACUUUCAUGUAUUUCUUCUGGAAGUUGGGUGACCCGUUCCCCAUCUUGAGCCCAAAACAUGGAAUUCUGUCCAUCGAGCAGCUAAUCAGUCGUGUCGGUGUGAUUGGAGUCACUCUCAUGGCUCUGCUGUCUGGGUUUGGUGCUGUCAACUGUCCCUACACAUACAUGUCGUAUUUCCUGAGGAAUGUGACCGACAGUGAUAUUCUUGCACUGGAGAGACGGCUGCUCCAAACCAUGGACAUGAUUGUCAGCAAAAAGAAGCGGAUUGCCAUGACACGGAGGCAAAUGUACCAACGAGGGGAGGACCAGAACAAACAGACAGGAUUCUGGGGAAUGAUCAAGAGUGUCACCUCCACUCAGACAGGCAGUGAAAAUCUUUCUCAGAUCCAGCAGGAAGUUGAUGCUCUGGAGGAGUUAAGUCGACAACUCUUCCUCGAGACUGUGGAUUUACAAGCUACCAAGGAACGAAUUGAAUACUCGAAGACGUUUCAGGGAAAAUACUUCAACUUUCUUGGUUACUUCUUCUCCAUCUAUUGCGUUUGGAAAAUCUUCAUGGCCACAAUAAACAUUGUGUUUGAUCGAGUUGGAAAGACGGAUCCGGUGACGAGGGGCAUUGAAAUUACAGUGAACUACUUGGGAAUCCAAUUUGAUGUUAAGUUUUGGUCUCAACAUAUUUCUUUCAUCUUGGUUGGAAUAAUAAUUGUUACUUCCAUACGGGGCUUACUCAUCACUCUUACUAAGUUCUUCUAUGCAAUCUCAAGCAGCAAGUCUUCCAACGUCAUCGUGCUCGUCCUUGCUCAGAUCAUGGGGAUGUAUUUUGUUUCAUCUGUACUACUGAUGCGUAUGAGCAUGCCUCUGGAGUAUCGCUCCAUCGUGACCGAGGUUCUGGGCGAGCUACAGUUCAACUUUUACCACCGCUGGUUUGACGUCAUCUUCCUGGUUAGCGCCCUGUCCAGCAUCCUCUUCCUGUAUCUGGCCCACAAGCAGGCACCAGAGAAACACAUGGCCCUCUGACCCCCCCACAGCUCGCCUCCUGUCUCAAAACAAAGCCCAGGAGCUGAUUUCUUGAAUAAAUUGUAAAUUGGAAGUAUCCAGAAGCAGGAAGAUGUUUGGUUGCAACGUUUGGGGAGCUGUUGGAGCGCAAACUAAACUAACUUUCCAGCUGGACUCUUGCAGUAUUUUGCAGAACAACAAUUAAACACAGAAUGCAACAUUUUGUUCUGGUAGCUCUCCAUGCUUCUAAAUGUUAUUUUUCUAAAUAUUUUUGUCUAAAUACA